CUAGGAACAGACUUUAUUCUUGACAUUUCAUCAACUAUACCUUGACAACAUGUGGUCUCUCUACUUCUUCACAGCCUUUCUCGCAGUCUCUCCUGCCAUCGCAAAGAAAUCCCCCAAGCCCUGCCCAACCGUCACAACCACUGCAACUCUCUGCACAACCUGCGUCGUCCCCGCCUGUCUCACCAUCGAGACCAUUUCCUCACAGCGAAACUGCCCCUCCAAGGUCCCAACCUCUGGCACAUCAUUCCCCUGCUCCAAGUCAAAGUGUCCCAGUGGCUGCGCAACUUCCUACACCUACGCUUCGGCCUAUGGAACUGUCACCAAGAAACCUAAGUGCCCUACUGUCACUGAAACAGCGACUAUUUGCUCUGAUUGUAUUCGGCCGAUGUGUUUGAGCUUGGAGACGGUGAGUUCAGUUUGCGGAUGCCCCGAAUCGCCUGCUACGGUCACGACCAGCUUCCCUUGCGGUGAGGAUUGUCCUGUUGGUUGUGGGACGGAGUAUGUAACUCCUACCGUUACGCCAAAUUGUAAGAAGGACGAGGAUACAGCAUGAGGCUGGUAAUGAGCCGCUGUGGUUGGUAAGGUUCAAGGGACGAUGGUGUGUGCUUGCCAAGGUUAGGAGAAUAUUUGAGACAUGGAAGAAUUGUAAGACAGCUAGCAGUACGCUGUAUUGGGCCUGGCAUUGUUCUUUAAGAAUAUCAACCAAAUGUUACCUGAA